GUGCCAAAGCCGACACUACUCAACACCGUCACAAAGGAACCGCAACUUUCGAGGCAUCUUUUGGCUCCAGUCUUGAACUCUAUUUCGGAGGGUUUUGUGUCGGUAUCUGGAAACCCAAGGUUCUGCGGCGCCAGCUCUGUCUUGUGCUUUACACCCUCGCGGGCUCCCUGGGCGCCCUUGAUCCCGAUCCCAACGAUCCGGAUACAACCCACCAUCAUGGCACAAGCAGGAGCUGGCGGGUCAUACAACAACCCGCUGAAGAAGUUCAAACUGGUUUUCCUAGGGGAACAGAGCGUGGGCAAGACAUCGCUCAUCACACGCUUCAUGUACGACUCGUUCGACAACAUGUACCAAGCCACGAUUGGCAUCGACUUUCUCUCAAAGACGAUGUAUCUCGAAGACCGAACAGUGCGGUUACAACUCUGGGACACUGCCGGCCAGGAACGAUUUAGGAGCUUGAUUCCAUCUUACAUUCGGGAUUCGAGCGUGGCAGUGGUGGUAUACGACAUAUCAAAUUUGAAGAGCUUCGAAAACACCAGGAAAUGGAUCGACGAUGUGCGAGCCGAGCGAGGAAACGACGUCAUUAUCGUGUUAGUGGGCAACAAGACGGACCUGAACGACAAGCGUGAGGUGACGACACAGCAGGGCGAAGAGGAGGCCAAGAGGAACAACCUCAUGUUUGUCGAGACGAGCGCCAAGCUGGGCCACAACGUAAAAACGCUCUUCAAGAGGAUAGCACAGGCGUUGCCGGGGAUGGAGGGUGCCGAUGCCGCCGCACAGGCGUCCAGUCAGAUGAUCGACGUCAAGACGACUCCCAGCCCGCCACAACAGGAGGGCUGCGCAUGCUAGAUGUGCAGCGUCGCAUCGCUUGAGUUGAAGGUUCGGUUGACGGAUAUGUACACCCGCUGAGAAUGUGCUCACACGCCAGGGAAAUAGAGCCGAGUGGUUUAUGGUGAUUUUGAUCGGCUCAUAGCGUUUACAACACUGCAAUCUAAUAAUAUUUAUUCAUGAGGCCUGGGUUUGAAUCGAUAACCAUGGUAUCGCCUGUUAUUCCCCUGCAACUUUUGUGUAAGAAGAUCGAAAGUUAUCAUUGGUCUAUUACCACUGGUCCCCGCUCACAUCACCCGGUCGAUAUUCUAAGCCCGUUGGUAUGAUGAAGCCGGGAGUACCUGAAUGUGUAGAUAAUCAGAUAACUUAUGACCCAGACGCUUCGCGUAACGCCCAUUCGAUAGGUAGCCGAACCAAGCACCCCAUAAUGCCAGGCGUGUGGGCACCAUGCGUCUUGGAAUACCGAA